AUGGAUUUAAACAACAAUAUAUCAAUGGUGUCUGAAUUUAUUUUUCUUGGGUUGUGUGAUUCACGGGAAGCCCAGGCCUUCCUCCUAGUGAUAUUUUCUUCACUUUACCUGCUCACCAUUUUAGGCAACAUCUUCAUUGUGCUCCUAAUUACUGCUGACCUUCACCUCCACUCCCCUAUGUACUUCCUAUUAGCCAAUCUUUCAUUCAUUGAUUUAUGCCUUUCCUCAGUUACCACCCCUAAAAUGAUCACAGACUUUCUCAAGGAAAGCAAAACCAUUUCCUUUGGAGGCUGCAUGUGUCAGAUUUUUUUUGGACAUUUUUUUGGAGGGGGUGAAAUGGUGCUGCUUGUGUCAAUGGCCUACGACCGUUACGUGGCCAUCUGCAAACCACUCCGUUACUCCAGCAUCAUGGGCCAGCAAAAGUGCAUUCAGCUAGUGAUGACAUCGUGGAUCAUUGGCUUUGUGCAUUCAAUAAGCCAACUAGUUAUAAUCAUAAAGCUACCCUUCUGUGGACCCAGAGAGUUGGAUAGCUUUUUCUGUGAUAUUCCAUUGGUGAUCAAGCUAGCCUGCAUGGACACUUAUAUUCUAAAAAUGUUGAUAAACGCUGACAGUGGAGUCCUGGCAACCAUUUGCUUCAUUCUGUUGCUGAUCUCUUACUCUUAUAUUUUGCUUACUGUCUGCCAUCACUCUAAGGACGGGGCAUCCAAGGCUCUCUCCACGUGUACUGCCCACAUUACAGUGGUGGUGUUAUUCUUUGUGCCCUGCAUCUUCAUCUAUCUGUGUCCACUCAGCAUCACCUGGAUGGACAAGUUUCUUGCUGUAUUUUAUGCAGUCAUCACACCACUACUAAAUCCAGCCAUUUACACUUUAAGAAACAAAGAGAUUAAAAAUGCCAUUAAGCGAUUAUGA